UAAUUAAUAAAUACACGGCUGUAGAAAUGGUACCGUAUACCAAAGAUUGCAAUGAAAUAGGGAAUACUGAGUCAAGGUCCCCUAUGUCUAAUGAUGAACCUAGUGACCCAAGGCCAGAUGGAACCAGUCCCAGGUCAUCAAAAAGGGCACGUAUCGCAGUUGAUGAGCAAAGCAACAUAAACGAAAACAAUGAUGAUAGUGGAAGGCAAAACGAAUCGGAUGCUAUUCAGAGCCACUCUAAUGACACUGGCCAACGCCAAGGAGAUUCUACUACUAUAGAUGAUGAAGCUGGUGUCCCUAUUAAUAGCUAUGGCACUAUGAUAAGGGAAAAAAUCCAAGCUGGAGAACUUGACCAGAGUAUUGUUGACAGUUUACAACUACAGCGCCUAGUCGAUGGAUGUGCUGUUCCACUAGGUCAAGAGGAUGUGGAGGAGGUCGUUGCGAUACCUAAUGUAGAACAGCGUACACAUUUAGAAGAACUCAUGUCCCGUCCAGCAAGACAACAAAUAAAGGAAUUUGAGGGAAACGCAUAUAUACAGGGAAGCGAGGAAUAUAACAUUUGGUAUAAUAAGUGGUCAGGUGAACGUACUAAUACCGUGAAUGGCCGACCAAGCCUUAUGCCUGCAAUGUAUAAAUGCGACCCAGAACGUGAUACAGGUUAUACCCGAGGGAGCUCAAAAAACACACUAGAUGAUUGUGGUACCAAGUAUUGUUGCCUGUUUUUCGCUAAAGGGUGCUGUACUCUAGGGUCUAAAUGCAACUAUUUGCAUAGAGUGCCUACCGUGGAAGACGAAUUUUUCUUGGAUUCGGGGGUCGAUAUAUUUGGCAGAGAAAGACAUGCUAAGCACCGUGAUGAUAUGAGUGGAGUUGGUAGCUUCAUGACGGAUUGCAAGAGUCUUUUUAUAGGUGAUGUUUAUCCGGACAAUGCCGAAUACAAUCCAGUGGAUAACCUCAAGCAAGUACUGACAGAAGAAUUCGGUAGAUUCGGAAGAAUUGUUGAGCUUAAUUUGGUACCUGCUAAAGGUAUCGCAUUUGUAACAUACGAAUCACGUGUAAUAGCAGAAUUUGCUAAGGUUGCUAUGGCAAGCCAGCCGUUGGGGAAUUACUCAACGGCACUUAACGUUAAAUGGGCCCAUGAUAUGAAAAAGGAAAAUAGGAAACGGGGGCAUGAAAGAGCUGAAUUUGAAGCCCGUGUAAAACAGCAUGAAGCGCAGCUAGAAGUUUUCCAAGAGUACUUUUUGAAAAGCAAUUUCCACACGUCAGGGCCAUCUGCUGCAGAACAAGCUUCUGCACAACGCACCGCUCGUGAGCUAGAAUCACAGCGCUUGUCUAAGCUACACAACAUCCUGCAGACAGCUGAGGGUUUAAGCGAAGAAUGUUAUGAAGUUGAUGUGUGAAGAAAAAGUAUCCACAAUGGACAAUUA